AUGGGAGACCACCAACUUCAGGAUUUGCUAAUUGCAAAUCUUGCACACAGUUGCUCAGUGAUUCAACUCCCUUGCUUCAAACUGCUGCAAAGGAAUAUUCUGGGUUUGAACAACACCAUCUGUAUUUGCUGCCUCCUCAACCUCGACAGCCUCCUCAGCCUCGACAGCCUCCUCAGCCUCGACAGCCUCCUCAGCCUCGACAGCCUCCUCAGCCUCGACAGCCUCCUCAGCCUCGACAGCCUCCUCAGCCUCGACAGCCUCCUCAGCCUCCUCAGCCUCCUCAGCCUCGACAGCCUCCUCAGCCUCGACAGCCUCCUCAGCCUCGACAGCCUCCUCAGCCUCGACAGCCUCCUCAGCCUCCUCAGCCUCGACAGCCUCCUCAGCCUCGACAGCCUCCUCAGCCUCGACAGCCUCCUCAGCCUCGACAGCCUCCUCAGCCUCGACAGCCUCCUCAGCCUCGACAGCCUCGACAGCCUCCUCAGCCUCGACAGCCUCCUCAGCCUCGACAGCCUCCUCAGCCUCGACAGCCUCCUCAGCCUCGACAGCCUCCUCAGCCUCGACAGCCUCCUCAGCCUCGACAGCCUCCUCAGCCUCGACAGCCUCCUCAGCCUCGACAGCCUCCUCAGCCUCGACAGCCUCCUCAGCCUCGACAGCCUCCUCAGCCUCGACAGCCUCCUCAGCCUCGACAGCCUCCUCAGCCUCGACAGCCUCCUCAGCCUCGACAGCCUCCUCAGCCUCGACAGCCUCCUCAGCCUCGACAGCCUCCUCAGCCUCGACAGCCUCCUCAGCCUCGACAGCCUCCUCAGCCUCGACAGCCUCCUCAGCCUCGACAGCCUCCUCAGCCUCGACAGCCUCCUCAGCCUCGACAGCCUCCUCAGCCUCGACAGCCUCCUCAGCCUCGACAGCCUCCUCAGCCUCGACAGCCUCCUCAGCCUCGACAGCCUCCUCAGCCUCGACAGCCUCCUCAGCCUCGACAGCCUCCUCAGCCUCCUCAGCCUCCUCAGCCUCCUCAGCCUCGACAGCCUCCUCAGCCUCCUCAGCCUCGACAGCCUCCUCAGCCUCGACAGCCUCCUCAGCCUCGACAGCCUCCUCAGCCUCGACAGCCUCCUCAGCCUCGACAGCCUCCUCAGCCUCGACAGCCUCCUCAGCCUCGACAGCCUCCUCAGCCUCGACAGCCUCCUCAGCCUCGACAGCCUCCUCAGCCUCGACAGCCUCCUCAGCCUCGACAGCCUCCUCAGCCUCGACAGCCUCCUCAGCCUCGACAGCCUCCUCAGCCUCGACAGCCUCCUCAGCCUCGACAGCCUCCUCAGCCUCGACAGCCUCCUCAGCCUCGACAGCCUCCUCAGCCUCGACAGCCUCCUCAGCCUCGACAGCCUCCUCAGCCUCGACAGCCUCCUCAGCCUCGACAGCCUCCUCAGCCUCGACAGCCUCCUCAGCCUCGACAGCCUCCUCAGCCUCGACAGCCUCCUCAGCCUCGACAGCCUCCUCAGCCUCGACAGCCUCCUCAGCCUCGACAGCCUCCUCAGCCUCGACAGCCUCCUCAGCCUCGACAGCCUCCUCAGCCUCGACAGCCUCCUCAGCCUCGACAGCCUCCUCAGCCUCGACAGCCUCCUCAGCCUCGACAGCCUCCUCAGCCUCGACAGCCUCCUCAGCCUCGACAGCCUCCUCAGCCUCGACAGCCUCCUCAGCCUCGACAGCCUCCUCAGCCUCGACAGCCUCCUCAGCCUCGACAGCCUCCUCAGCCUCCUCAGCCUCGACAGCCUCCUCAGCCUCGACAGCCUCCUCAGCCUCGACAGCCUCCUCAGCCUCGACAGCCUCCUCAGCCUCGACAGCCUCCUCAGCCUCGACAGCCUCCUCAGCCUCGACAGCCUCCUCAGCCUCGACAGCCUCCUCAGCCUCGACAGCCUCCUCAGCCUCGACAGCCUCCUCAGCCUCGACAGCCUCCUCAGCCUCGACAGCCUCCUCAGCCUCGACAGCCUCCUCAGCCUCGACAGCCUCCUCAGCCUCGACAGCCUCCUCAGCCUCGACAGCCUCCUCAGCCUCGACAGCCUCCUCAGCCUCGACAGCCUCCUCAGCCUCGACAGCCUCCUCAGCCUCGACAGCCUCCUCAGCCUCGACAGCCUCCUCAGCCUCGACAGCCUCCUCAGCCUCGACAGCCUCCUCAGCCUCGACAGCCUCCUCAGCCUCGACAGCCUCCUCAGCCUCGACAGCCUCCUCAGCCUCGACAGCCUCGACAGCCUCGACAGCCUCGACAGCCUCCUCAGCCUCGACAGCCUCCUCAGCCUCGACAGCCUCCUCAGCCUCGACAGCCUCCUCAGCCUCGACAGCCUCGACAGCCUCGACAGCCUCGACAGCCUCCUCAGCCUCGACAGCCUCCUCAGCCUCGACAGCCUCCUCAGCCUCGACAGCCUCCUCAGCCUCGACAGCCUCCUCAGCCUCGACAGCCUCCUCAGCCUCGACAGCCUCCUCAGCCUCGACAGCCUCCUCACCUCAGCCUCGACAGCCUCCUCAGCCUCGACAGCCUCCUCAGCCUCGACAGCCUCCUCAGCCUCGACAGCCUCCUCAGCCUCGACAGCCUCCUCAGCCUCGACAGCUCCUCAGCCUCGACAGCCUCCUCAGCCUCGACAGCCUCCUCAGCCUCGACAGCCUCCUCAGCCUCGACAGCCUCCUCAGCCUCGACAGCCUCCUCAGCCUCGACAGCCUCCUCAGCCUCGACAGCCUCCUCAGCCUCGACAGCCUCCUCAGCCUCGACAGCCUCCUCAGCCUCGACAGCCUCCUCAGCCUCGACAGCCUCCUCAGCCUCGACAGCCUCCUCAGCCUCGACAGCCUCCUCAGCCUCGACAGCCUCCUCAGCCUCGACAGCCUCCUCAGCCUCGACAGCCUCCUCAGCCUCGACAGCCUCCUCAGCCUCGACAGCCUCCUCAGCCUCGACAGCCUCCUCAGCCUCGACAGCCUCCUCAGCCUCGACAGCCUCCUCAGCCUCGACAGCCUCCUCAGCCUCGACAGCCUCCUCAGCCUCGACAGCCUCCUCAGCCUCGACAGCCUCCUCAGCCUCGACAGCCUCCUCAGCCUCGACAGCUCACAGCCUCAGCCUCGACAGCCUCCUCAGCCUCGACAGCCUCCUCAGCCUCGACAGCCUCCUCAGCCUCGACAGCCUCCUCAGCCUCGACAGCCUCCUCAGCCUCGACAGCCUCCUCAGCCUCGACAGCCUCCUCAGCCUCGACAGCCUCCUCAGCCUCGACAGCCUCCUCAGCCUCGACAGCCUCCUCAGCCUCGACAGCCUCCUCAGCCUCGACAGCCUCCUCAGCCUCGACAGCCUCCUCAGCCUCGACAGCCUCCUCCAGCCUCCUCAGCCUCGACAGCCUCCUCAGCCUCGACAGCCUCGACAGCCUCGACAGCCUCGACAGCCUCGACAGCCUCGACAGCCUCGACAGCCUCCUCAGCCUCGACAGCCUCCUCAGCCUCGACAGCCUCCUCAGCCUCGACAGCCUCCUCAGCCUCGACAGCCUCCUCAGCCUCGACAGCCUCCUCAGCCUCGACAGCCUCCUCAGCCUCGACAGCCUCCUCAGCCUCGACAGCCUCCUCAGCCUCGACAGCCUCCUCAGCCUCGACAGCCUCCUCAGCCUCGACAGCCUCCUCAGCCUCGACAGCCUCCUCAGCCUCGACAGCCUCCUCAGCCUCGACAGCCUCCUCAGCCUCGACAGCCUCCUCAGCCUCGACAGCCUCCUCAGCCUCGACAGCCUCCUCAGCCUCGACAGCCUCCUCAGCCUCGACAGCCUCCUCAGCCUCGACAGCCUCCUCAGCCUCGACAGCCUCCUCAGCCUCGACAGCCUCCUCAGCCUCGACAGCCUCCUCAGCCUCGACAGCCUCCUCAGCCUCGACAGCCUCCUCAGCCUCGACAGCCUCCUCAGCCUCGACAGCCUCCUCAGCCUCGACAGCCUCCUCAGCCUCGACAGCCUCCUCAGCCUCGACAGCCUCCUCAGCCUCGACAGCCUCCUCAGCCUCGACAGCCUCCUCAGCCUCGACAGCCUCCUCAGCCUCGACAGCCUCCUCAGCCUCGACAGCCUCCUCAGCCUCGACAGCCUCCUCAGCCUCGACAGCCUCCUCAGCCUCGACAGCCUCCUCAGCCUCGACAGCCUCCUCAGCCUCGACAGCCUCCUCAGCCUCGACAGCCUCCUCAGCCUCGACAGCCUCCUCAGCCUCGACAGCCUCCUCAGCCUCGACAGCCUCCUCAGCCUCGACAGCCUCCUCAGCCUCGACAGCCUCCUCAGCCUCGACAGCCUCCUCAGCUCGACAGCCUCCUCAGCCUCGACAGCCUCCUCAGCCUCGACACCUCACAGCCUCGACAGCCUCGACAGCCUCCUCAGCCUCGACAGCCUCCUCAGCCUCGACAGCCUCCUCAGCCUCGACAGCCUCCUCAGCCUCGACAGCCUCCUCAGCCUCGACAGCCUCCUCAGCCUCGACAGCCUCCUCAGCCUCGACAGCCUCCUCAGCCUCGACAGCCUCCUCAGCCUCGACAGCCUCCUCAGCCUCGACAGCCUCCUCAGCCUCGACAGCCUCCUCAGCCUCGACAGCCUCCUCAGCCUCGACAGCCUCCUCAGCCUCGACAGCCUCCUCAGCCUCGACAACCUCCUCAGCCUCGACAGCCUCCUCAGCCUCGACAGCCUCCUCAGCCUCGACAGCCUCCUCAGCCUCGACAGCCUCCUCAGCCUCGACAGCCUCCUCAGCCUCGACAGCCUCCUCAGCCUCGACAGCCUCCUCAGCCUCGACAGCCUCCUCAGCCUCGACAGCCUCCUCAGCCUCGACAGCCUCCUCAGCCUCGACAGCCUCCUCAGCCUCGACAGCCUCCUCAGCCUCGACAGCCUCCUCAGCCUCGACAGCCUCCUCAGCCUCGACAGCCUCCUCAGCCUCGACAGCCUCCUCAGCCUCGACAGCCUCCUCAGCCUCGACAGCCUCCUCAGCCUCGACAGCCUCCUCAGCCUCGACAGCCUCCUCAGCCUCGACAGCCUCCUCAGCCUCCUCAGCCUCGACAGCCUCCUCAGCCUCGACAGCCUCCUCAGCCUCGACAGCCUCCUCAGCCUCGACAGCCUCCUCAGCCUCGACAGCCUCCUCAGCCUCGACAGCCUCCUCAGCCUCGACAGCCUCCUCAGCCUCGACAGCCUCCUCAGCCUCGACAGCCUCCUCAGCCUCGACAGCCUCCUCAGCCUCGACAGCCUCCUCAGCCUCGACAGCCUCCUCAGCCUCGACAGCCUCCUCAGCCUCGACAGCCUCCUCAGCCUCGACAGCCUCCUCAGCCUCGACAGCCUCCUCAGCCUCGACAGCCUCCUCAGCCUCGACAGCCUCCUCAGCCUCGACAGCCUCCUCAGCCUCGACAGCCUCCUCAGCCUCGACAGCCUCCUCAGCCUCGACAGCCUCCUCAGCCUCGACAGCCUCCUCAGCCUCGACAGCCUCCUCAGCCUCGACAGCCUCCUCAGCCUCGACAGCCUCCUCAGCCUCGACAGCCUCCUCAGCCUCGACAGCCUCCUCAGCCUCGACAGCCUCCUCAGCCUCGACAGCCUCCUCAGCCUCGACAGCCUCCUCAGCCUCGACAGCCUCCUCAGCCUCGACAGCCUCCUCAGCCUCGACAGCCUCCUCAGCCUCGACAGCCUCCUCAGCCUCGACAGCCUCCUCAGCCUCGACAGCCUCCUCAGCCUCGACAGCCUCCUCAGCCUCGACAGCCUCCUCAGCCUCGACAGCCUCCUCAGCCUCGACAGCCUCCUCAGCCUCGACAGCCUCCUCAGCCUCGACAGCCUCCUCAGCCUCGACAGCCUCCUCAGCCUCGACAGCCUCCUCAGCCUCGACAGCCUCCUCAGCCUCGACAGCCUCCUCAGCCUCGACAGCCUCCUCAGCCUCGACAGCCUCGACAGCCUCGACAGCCUCGACAGCCUCGACAGCCUCGACAGCCUCGACAGCCUCGACAGCCUCCUCAGCCUCGACAGCCUCGACAGCCUCGACAGCCUCCUCAGCCUCGACAGCCUCCUCAGCCUCGACAGCCUCCUCAGCCUCGACAGCCUCCUCAGCCUCGACAGCCUCCUCAGCCUCGACAGCCUCCUCAGCCUCGACAGCCUCCUCAGCCUCGACAGCCUCCUCAGCCUCGGCAGCCUCCUCAGCCUCGACAGCCUCCUCAGCCUCGGCAGCCUCCUCAGCCUCGACAGCCUCCUCAGCCUCCCUCGACAGCCUCGGCAGCCUCGACAGCCUCGGCAGCCUCGACAGCCUCGGCAGCCUCCUCAGCCUCGGCAGCCUCCUCAGCCUCGGCAGCCUCCUCAGCCUCGGCAGCCUCCUCAGCCUCGGCAGCCUCCUCAGCCUCGGCAGCCUCCUCAGCCUCGGCAGCCUCCUCAGCCUCGGCAGCCUCCUCAGCCUCGGCAGCCUCCUCAGCCUCGGCAGCCUCCUCAGCCUCGGCAGCCUCCUCAGCCUCGGCAGCCUCCUCAGCCUCGGCAGCCUCCUCAGCCUCGGCAGCCUCCUCAGCCUCGGCAGCCUCCUCAGCCUCGGCAGCCUCCUCAGCCUCGGCAGCCUCCUCAGCCUCGGCAGCCUCCUCAGCCUCGGCAGCCUCCUCAGCCUCGGCAGCCUCCUCAGCCUCGGCAGCCUCCUCAGCCUCGGCAGCCUCCUCAGCCUCGGCAGCCUCCUCAGCCUCGGCAGCCUCCUCAGCCUCGGCAGCCUCCUCAGCCUCGGCAGCCUCCUCAGCCUCGGCAGCCUCCUCAGCCUCGGCAGCCUCCUCAGCCUCGGCAGCCUCCUCAGCCUCGGCAGCCUCCUCAGCCUCGGCAGCCUCCUCAGCCUCGGCAGCCUCCUCAG